AUAUAAAAAAAUUCCCCGCAAUCAAAACGAAGUCAUUUUCCCGGCUGAUCUUCUGCUCUCUUCCGCCCAAACCCUCACACAAUCACCCCACUUUUGCUGCCGCCAGAUGUUGCUCCGCCGCUCGUCGCCGGCGAUUGUCAGUUCUUUCUUACGCUACGCACGCCCCUGCUCCUCCGCGGUCGCUGCCGUUCACCCCUCGGAGGACUACUCCAUCGGCGAUCCAUCGGGCCCACUAAAGUACCUGGAGGGGUUUCCUAGGCCUGAUCCCAAGUACGCCGAGACAAUCCUUGCGAUCCCUCGACUAAAGUCGGGGAAGAACAUAUCUGCUAAGGAGAGGAAGGUGGGGAGAGUACCGAGCAUUAUUUUCGAGCAAGAGAACGGGCAAGAGGGUGGGAACAAGAGGCUCAUCUCCGUCAAGACUAAGCAGAUCCGGAAGCUCGUGGAACAUCUUGGACAGUCCUUCUUUCUGUCAAGGCUAUUUGAGCUUGAGGUCCGCCAGACAUUCGAGGUCGAAAGUGAAAUUAUAGAGAAGGUCCGAGUCUUACCUCGCAAGCUUCAUCUACAUUCGGGCACUGAUGCUGUUCUUAAUGUCACGUUUAUGAGGGCUCCUUCUAACGCAUUAUUGAAAGUUGAUGUUCCUCUACUCUUCAGAGGAGAAGAUUCGUGCCCAGGAUUGAGGAAAGGGGCUUAUUUAAAUACCAUUAAGAGGACUGUCAACUACCUUUGCCCUGCUGACAUAGUUCCACCUUAUAUUGAUGUUGAUUUGAGCGAACUUGAUGUUGGUCAGAAGAUUGUUGUGAAAGAUCUCAAAGUUCAUCCCGCACUUAAACUUCUUCACCCACCUGAUCAACCAGUUUGCAAUCUUAUAGGAGCAAGAGCCUCAGAGCAGAAAAAAUCAAAAUAAAAUUUGAACUGUGUUGCCAUAGAUGCCAUUCUAAUGUUGCAGGCCCUUGCCUUGCUGAGAGAAGCCAUAAUCAGCCCCGGGCAUUGCAGCUGGUACUGAUUUUUCUAGCUCAGUCGGUUCCUGCAAUUGAAAGCAUGGAUGGUUGCUUAUACUUCUGCUGAUGGGAGGUGCGUACGCAGUUUGUGAGUAAGCUAUAUUUCCUCUUAUUUUUUGGGGAUUCGUUCAGUUGAGAGAUUGGACAAUUUUGUAGAAAACUUGGUCAGUUUGUUCAAAAUAAGGAAUUUAUUCUCAA